AUGUCGGCCUCCGCCUGAGACUCGGUCUUGACAAAGCCAGAGGCCGCGGGCCGGAGGAGGAGUGCGAAGACCGCCAAAGAGGCCGGGUGUCCACCAGAGAUGGCUGAGUCAGCACCUGGGGAGAGCGCGGCGGGACUGGUGACAUUCAAAGAUGUGACUAUGGCCUUUACCCAGAAGGAAUGGGAGCAACUAGAUCCUGCUCAGAGGAGCCUAUACAAGGACGUGAUGCUGGAGAACUACAGCAGCCUUGCUUCAAUGGGGUAUCAAGCUGACAAACCAGACGUGAUUUCCAAAUUGGAGAAAGAAGAGCCAUGGUUGGGGAAGGGGAAAAGACCCAGACAAGGUGGUCCAAGUGCAAUAGCAACACCCACGCAAACAGGAGCCAGUGGAAAAGAAGGCCAGCAAGACGAUGACCAGCUCCAGAAUCACCAGGAAACUCAAAACCAACUCCUUAGGGAAGUUGCAUUCAAGAAAAAAAAACUGACUAAGAAGAAAGGCCAUGAAUGUAGUUCAUUAGGGGGGGGAAAUGCGAGUACAGCACGUGUUUCUUCCAAAAAAAAGUUUCUUAAAUUUGAUUCACAGGGAAAGAGUUUGAAACAGAAUUUAGACUUACCUGGUCAUAUAAGAAACUAUGCAAAAAGGAAACCUGGUGUAGCUGAAGAGCACAGGAAAUCAUUCAGCCAUAGCUUAUCUGAUACAAAGAAAGAUAAAAGUCAAACUGGAAAGAAACAGAAAGUAUCCCACCAUAGUUCAUCGAGUAGGUGUGACAAAACACAAACUGGCAAGAAACAGGAGAAACUAGUUCAUCGUGGAUCAUCCCAUACUAAACAGGACAAAAUUAAAACUGGAGAGAAACGUGAGAAAUCAUCCAGACAUAGCUCCUCUCCUACGGAGAGUGAUACAACUCAAGCUAAAGUAAAACCGUUUGAAUGUAGUCAAUGUGGAAAGGUUCUCAGCCAUAAACAAGGACUCAUUGACCAUCAGAGAACGCAUACUGGGGAGAAACCAUAUGAAUGUAAUGAAUGUGGGAUAGCCUUUAGCCAAAAGUCACACCUCGUUGUACAUCAGAGAACUCACACUGGAGAAAAACCAUAUGAAUGUAUUCAGUGUGGCAAAGCCCAUGGUCAUAAACAUGCUCUCACUGACCAUCUAAGAGUUCAUACUGGGGAAAAGCCCUAUGAAUGUACUGAAUGUGGGAAAACCUUCAGACACAGCUCAAAUCUUAUUCAACAUGUGAGAUCUCAUACAGGCGAGAAACCCUAUGAAUGUAAGGAAUGUGGUAAAUCCUUUAGGUAUAACUCAUCUCUUACGGAACACGUGAGAACUCACACAGGUGAAAUACCAUAUGAAUGUAAUGAAUGUGGAAGAGCCUUUAAAUAUAGCUCAUCCCUUACUAAACACAUGAGAAUUCAUACAGGUGAGAAACCCUUUGAAUGUAAUGAAUGUGGGAAAGCUUUCAGCAAGAAGUCACACCUCAUUAUACAUCAAAGAACUCAUACUAAGGAGAAACCCUAUACAUGUAAUGAAUGUGGAAAAACCUUUGGACAUAGCUCAUCUCUUACUUACCACAUGAGAACUCAUACAGGUGAAAGUCCCUUUGAAUGUAAUCAAUGUGGGAAGGCCUUUAAACAAAUCGAAGGCCUUACUCAACAUCAGAGAGUUCAUAGUGGAGAGAAACCAUAUGAAUGUAAUGAAUGUGGGAAAGCCUUUAGCCAAAAGUCACACCUCAUUGUACAUCAGAGAACUCAUACUGGGGAGAAACCCUAUGAAUGUAAUGAAUGUGGAAAAGCCUUCAAUGCAAAGUCACAACUUGUUAUACAUCAGAGAUCCCACACUGGAGAGAAACCUUAUGAAUGUAAUGAGUGUGGGAAAGCCUUCAAACAAAAUUCAGGACUCAUUGUACAUCGGAGAAUUCAUACUGGGGAGAAACCACACAAAUGCAAUGAAUGUGAAAAAGCCUUUAUUCAGAAGUCACAGCUCACUGUACAUCAGAAAACGCAUACGGGAGAGAAACCCUAUGAAUGUUGUGAAUGUGGGAAAGCCUUCAUCCAGAAGUCAAACCUCAUUAUUCAUCAGAGGAUUCACACAGGGGAGAAACCCUAUGAAUGCAAUGAAUGUGGGAAAGCUUUCAUCAAAAAGUCAAUACUUAGUAUACAUCAAAGAGGUCAUACUGGGGAGAAAACAUAUGAGUGCAGUGAAUGUGGGAAAGCCUUCAUCUGGCCAUCACAGCUCACUGUACAUCAGAGAAUUCAUACAGGGGAGAAACCCUAUAGAUGUAAUGAAUGUGGGAAAGCCUUCAUCUGGCAGUCACAGUUCAUUGAACAUCGGAGAAUUCAUACUGGGGAGAAACCCUAUGAAUGCAGUGCAUGCAGGAAAGCUUUUAUCAAAAAAUCACAACUCAUUGUGCAUCACAGAAUCCAUACUGGGAUGAAACCAUAUGAAUGCACUGAGUGUGGAAAAGCCUUUAGCAAGAAGUCACACCUCACUGUACAUCAUAGAAUGCAUACUGGAGAGAAACCCUAUGAAUGCACUGAAUGUAGAAAAUCUUUCAGCAAGAAACCUACUCUCAUUGUUCAUCAAAGAAUGCACACUGGAGAGAAACCUUAUGAAUGCAAUGAAUGUGGAAAAGCUUUUAGUCAGAGCACUAACCUUAUUCAACAUCAAAGAGUCCAUACUGGGGAGAAACCUUAUGAGUGUAAUGAAUGUGAAAAAACCUUCAGUCAUAGGUCCUCCCUUCGAAAUCAUGAGAGAAUUCAUACUGGAGAAAAACCCUAUCCUUGUAAUGAGUGCGGGAAAGCUUUCAUUUUUUGCCACAGCACAUCACUAAUUCGACAUCAGAGAACUCACACAGGAGAAAAACCCUAUGAAUGUAAUGAAUGUGGGAAAGCCUUCAGCCAUACCCCAGCCUUCAUCCAACAUCAAAGGAUUCAUACUGGAGAGAAACCCUACGAGUGUAAUGACUGUGGAAAGGCCUUCAACCGGAGUGCACAUCUUACUCAACACCAGAGAACUCAUACUGGAGAGAAACCUUAUGUCUGUAAGGAAUGUGGAAAAACUUUCAGUCGAAGUACACACCUUACUGAACAUCUAAAAGUUCAUUCUGGUGAGAAACUCUAUCGAUGUAAUGAAUGUCAAAAACUAUUUUGCUAUAGAACAUCAUUAAUUCGACAUCAGAGAACUCAUACAGGAGAGAAACCCUACCAAUGUAAUGAAUGUGGGAAAUCCUUCAGUUUAAGAUCAGCCCUUACUAAACAUAAGCGAACACAUACUGGGGAGAAACCUUAUCAGUGUAAUCAAUGUAGUGAUGUUUUUUGUCAUAGUACAUCUUUAAUUCGACAUCAGAGAACUCAUUUCAGAAAUGGAAUCCUAUCAGAGUAACGAAUGUGGGGAAGCCUGUAGCCAUAGGUCUUCACUUACACCUGAGCACUCACAGUGGCAAGAAACCCUAGGAUUGUUGUGCAAGAAAAAGUUUAGGCAGAAUACUCAUUCAUUCAAUAUUAUAAUGUUUGGGCUGAGAAGAAACACUGUUCUUGUAAUUAAUCUGAAAAAUGUGUUA